AUGCGUCGUCAACUGCUGCCCAUCGAAUGUAUCGCACUGAUCCUCGAAGAACUGCGGGGUGACUGCGGAACAUUGCUGAAUUGCGCAUUGACGCACAGCACAUGGUACCCUCACGCCAAACGGGUCUUGUACAAGACGAUCCACAUUGGAACUAGCAAGGCAUAUUCUACCUUCCUACACAUGAUCUCAGACGUCCACCUGCGGGAUCUCCUCGGGCGCAUGGAAGAGCUGAGAUUCAGCGGAUUCGCAAACGACCCCGCAGCUGACAAAUUUAGAACUCUCAGCCGAGUGCUGGUAGCACUUGCUGACUUGCCCCUCCCUAGGCUCCGUCACCUCGCCUUUCGCAGUGCUACGCCACCCUCGACGAUCCCGAUCCACGUUUUCCCCGACUCGUUUUUCAAGACAUUCUCGUCGGUACGGUGCUUGGUCCUGGAGGCCCCGAAUUUGCGAUUUGUAGGGCUGCAUAGAUUGAGGCAUCUCGUUAGCGCAUUACCGCAGCUUGAAGACUUCCGCAUAUUGGCCGUACGGCUCCUCAUCUUAAAUCCUGUGAACCCUGUCCCAAGCAUUGCGACGGCGCAUCCGCAGCCGAGACUGCAGCAGCUGCACCUAGACUUCUACCGAGGAUGGGCAUCGCGGAAUAGACCAGACCCCGAAACUACAUUGCUUUACUGGCUGGCACUCACGCCGACUGUGCAAGAACGAGCCCUGCGUGUUCUGCGCCUUGGAACAGUGACCUCCUUACUUAAUGAGCCGGAAAUCUACUACGACGCAUUAGCCCAUAUACUGGAAUGUCUGGGUCCGUCGCUCACCGAUCUUCAGGUGUCUAUUGACCCUAAGGGGACCAGCGUGCUGUCGCACAACCCCAACCUUGAGUCGCUCACCUUGAGGUUCGAUCCGGGCAUGGACGUCCCACCACUUCCUGCGCUAGCAAACACCGGGUCCCCUCUCAUGACAGCACUUGCCACUCUCAAUGCACCGCGUCUUCGCAAGUUUCGAUUGGACCUAUGCGUCGUCGCGACGCCCGCCUUUGAGGGCCUCGACCCGCAGCGACAGAACGACGACAUGAUUCGACACAUGGAGAUGGACUGGAAACCUCUCGACGAGUUGGCUGCACGAAAGCAGUGGGAGGCGACAAUCAAUGUGGAAUACUUGCUCUGCGGCAACUGGAAGCCCAAGCCAGAGAAGGUCCACGUUGAACGGUACCACCUUCAGGUUGAAGAAGAGCUGAAGAAGCUGGCGUGGCAUGCCCGUGGCACGCUGAGACUCGGAUACACGAUAGUGGCAAAGUAG